AUGGGUGCUCCUCUAGCUAUCAAGGACGUCAACGCUUCGGUCCAGACCCAGGACGCGGCCGCCAUGGAUAACGGCAAGCCUAACAGCGCCCAGACCUUGGAAUACCAUCGCCAGGUCCUGCAUUCCAAGAUGGAGGAAGAGAAGUACGGAGCCAACGUCACCAAUUCAGCCACCUCCACCUCCGUAACUGUCACUGUCACCAGCGUCGACGCGGCUAUCCCUCGUGCUAUGAACCCCCAGUAUCGUCGCCUUGCUAACUCGGAUACCACCAAUGGCAGACAGCAGGAAUACGUCUCUCCGUCGGACAACAUCAUGAGCCCCUGCACCGCCAAGCUCAGCGCCUUCAAAGGACGAGCCGUCAGCAAGACCAAGCCCAAGUCUCUCUUCGCCCAAACAUCCGCUAAGAAGUUCGAUGGCAAAGAUAUCUUCGGCGGCUCCAAGACCGUCCUAUCCCAGGCUGGACCCCAAUCCGGAAUCUAG